AUGAACAUCGAAACGCCUGCUCAGACCAACAACGACGAUGCGCCGACACAGAAAUCCGAUGCUUUCACGGAAACAGACCGGUUCGAGCUGCUACAGUAUUUGGAAACGGUAGAGUGCGAAGAGUACUUGGAUCUGUUCGUUUCAAACAAGAUCAAGACGGAGUUGCUCCCCCAGCUGGACAGAAACGCUCUGAAGGAGAUCGGCAUCACCAAAGUUGGCGACCGGAUCCGGCUGCAGAUUCUGGUCCACUUGCUCAACACAGAGAGACUCAAGUCCAAGAUCAAGGUGACCGAUUUGGCUGACGUGAUCUCCAACUCGUCAGCCACUCUGGAAAGUGUGGACCGCGCAAUCACCAGCAACGACAGAAACAACUCGAAUCUGGACACACCCAAGGAAGACGACCAGUUCAGAAACACAGUCACCAUCAUUGGUCCAGACGGCCAGCCAAACAAGCUGAGUGUCACGGGCUGUUUCAGUUCUGCCUCGAUCAAACAGAAAGCCUUGUCGAGCAUGGGCAUUGGCGGGGCCAACGUCGAGGAGUGGCGCGCGUACUACGUGAACAACGACGGCUCGCUGCAUUUGAUGUUCGACGCCGAGUUCACGGCACUGUGCCAUUCGGCCAAACGACCAGAAAAGGAACGCAUUAUUCUGUGCCAUUCGAGCGAGUCGCCGUCUGAAACCGCGCUGGCCACGUCGCAGUCCAUCCGCAGCAACGAGACCAGCAAGUCGGGUACUCUGAAGGGAUUCCUUGGCCAGCGGCCACCGUCUCAGCUCAUCUCCACCAACCUGGGCGAGUACUUCCCUGAAACAGGAGCUUCUGAGCUGCGGGACGUGAUGCGCAACAGCGUCAGGUUCUCCAUGUACAGUUCCAAGAUGGGCUCUAUUCACUCCACCAGAGAGUCCAUCUAUUCUGGCAGACCGGCCUCCAUUGCCAGCUCCGUGUUCAGCUACGGCGUGGCCGUUCCCGUGAAACACACCGUCGGAGAGGUGAUGCUCAACCGGUCAAACGCAGCAGACACCAUCAAGGCAGACCGCUCGCCACCAAUCGGCACCGACGGCACUAUCCGCGCGGGCGUGCACAACAUGACCCUCGACCCAAAGGCCAACAGUCUGGACACCCAGCAGCGCGCACGCAUGUCGAUCGCUCUCUCCACCAGAGAGAACCGCGACUCCACCAUAAUCAAGCUCUUUGACGACGAGGACGACGAGGACUCGUUCGACUCCUCGGAACAGAUGAGCAUUCUGCUAGACAGCCACGACGGGCCGUCCGUUUGGCACAAGGGAAGCAAAAUCGGCCAGGGCUCGUUCGGCACGGUGUAUUUGGGUCUCAACGGCUUGACCGGAGAAUUAAUGGCUGUGAAACAGGUCAGUCUGCCAACAUCAUCAGAGUCCUCGAAAAUGACCAUGGUCAACGCUCUGAAACAGGAACUCACCCUGCUCAAGGUGAUGAACCACGAAAACAUCGUGCGGUACUUGGGCUCCUCGUCAGACGCUACUAAUAUCUACAUCUUCCUGGAAUACAUCCCAGGAGGCUCGGUCAGCUCGAUGCUCACCACGUACGGACCGUUCGAGGAGCCACUUGUGCGAAACUUCAUCACACAGGUCCUCAUCGGUCUGCAGUAUCUGCACGAAGAAGGCAUUAUUCAUCGAGAUAUAAAAGGUGCCAACAUUCUGAUCGAUAUAGACGGAACAGUCAAGAUCAGCGACUUUGGCAUCUCGAAAAAGACAACAGAGGUCGACGAGGAAGGAACUCAGGACUAUGAGCUGUCCAAGCAGAAGAAACGCGCUUCCUUGCAGGGAUCGGUCUAUUGGAUGGCUCCUGAAGUUGUGAAACAGAUCGCAUACACCGACAAGGCUGAUAUUUGGUCGGUUGGCUGCCUGAUCGUAGAAAUGCUCACGGGAAAACACCCGUAUCCUGGGUUCUCGCAAAUGCAAGCCAUUUUCAGAAUCGGAACACUGACACUGCCCACCAUCCCACGCGAGAUCACAGACGACUGUGGUGACUUCUUGAGUAUGACCUUUGAAACAGAUUACAAGAAGCGUAGCAGUGCUUCCCGGUUACUCAAACACCCAUUCAUCGUGCCUCUGCUGACUACACGGAAAUGA